AUGUCUCAAAACUGAACACAGGGAUGAGUGAACUUCCUUUGGCAAAACACCACAAAGACUAGUGUGCUGUCGAUAAGAUGGCAGGAACCAGAUGUGUUGCAAUUUCAACUUGUUUCUAUCCCACUGCUAUUCCUACCCCACAUCUCAGCAAAUCCUUCCUUGUUGCAAGAUUUUCCAUUGCCCAAUGGAAACAUACUAGAGUUUUAUGUACAGAAAGAGCAAACAAGGCUGCGAUAAAAGAGAGCCACGAGCUGGUGGAGAUAGAAUACGCAGAACUCAACCUUAACCAAAAUAUAGGAGAGAAGUUUGGAGGUGUUCGGAUUCGGCAACAUGUUAACCCUCUGAAAGCAUCUCUAAUGGGGCAAGUUAUGUUUCAAUUCAAGGCACAUCUCAAAAUUAUACCCCUGUUGAACCACCUAAUUGGGAGAAUAUUUUUGAAGACACAAGAUUACCUCUUAUGGUGGAUAUUGGCUGUGGUAUGUCAUGUAAUCCUCAGAAGUGGCAGGUUUUUGAUAUUGCUUGCUAAAAGAUUCUGUGGAACAAAAAAUUUCUUGGGAUUGGACAUACGGGAUAAGUUGGUACAACGUUCACAGUUUUGGGCAAAGGAGUUGGCAAUCAAAAACAUACAUUUCAUGGUUGCCAAUGCUACAGUCUCUUUUGGAGCCUUAAUUUCCACAUAUCCAGGUCCAUUGACAUGUGUCUCAAUUCUGCGAUUUCUGAGUCUACGGCAGGUUCUCCGUGUCUGCGGCGGGUUCUUUGUGUUUGUGGCGGGUUAUCUCUGUGUUUGUUGUCGCUGUCGUGCAUACCUCCUCCAUCGUUGCCGUGCAUACCUCCUCCAUCGUUGCCGUCCAGUCGUGUUCAAGAAGGCUUCUUCAAUUAUUAAUGUUUUGGUUUGCCCGACGUGUCCUGAUCCACAUUUCAAGAAAAAACAUCACAAGCGAAGGAUUCUUCAGAAACCACUAGCAGAUGCAAUUAUUAACAACUUGGCUCCUGGUGGUCAGAUAUUUAUGCAAUCAGAUGUUCAAGAAGUGGCAGUUGACAUGAGACAAUAUUUUGACAGCCAAUAUGAUUCAUUACAACCAAUGUAUAUCCAUCAUCCUAAUUUAUGUGAUGAUGAAGGAUGGGUUUUAGAGAAUCCUAUGCAUAUAAGGACCGAAAGAGAGAUCCAUGCUCACUCUGAAGGUGCAAAAAUCUAUCGAAGAGUUUAUGAAAAGCGAUGAAUGAUGAAAUUAUGAAAUGUCUGCUUAGCAUUAUCAAAGCAUGGAUUUCUGGUCUCAAUGCCAAGACCUGGUGCUUUACAGUGAAUCAUGUGCCUCGGGGUAGCUGAAAUUUACUGGAACAUGGCAGGAUGGUGCUUCUUUCCCUUAAUGAAAUGGUGUCGUCCAAAUGGUCAGGCCUUCUUCAGGUGCAGCAGUGGAAAAGGCAGAAAAUCAGAAUACACUGUUGAGCAAAGAAACACCAUAUUUACUUUGAUAAGUAGUUGUCAUUACAUCAUUUAUGUCGCAUUGGUAAGGAAUGGCAAGGUCAAGAAGUCAAAAAAAGGUUGAACAAUCAAUAUGUUAAUUAGUCUGCAAACCUAUUAUCAGAAAGCUUUCUGAAAUAAAAGUCUAGGUGUCUUCCCUAGCUACAUUAAUAAUUUGCAGUUCUUCGUAGCUCUUUUGGGUGCACCCAUUAAUGCUUAACACAAGAACGGGGAGGGUUUAUAAUUAUUUUCAUUCGGUUGUGAGGAAUUGUGUACGUACUUACAAAAGUUGUUCUUUUUGCAACGGUGGUUUAAUUCUUCCACAACAUUAGUGCCAAUUUAGUCAUUUGAGUGUAUUCUCUUUGCUGUUCUUGUUAAUAUGUGUGCAAUAUUGUG